UCUUAGAAUAUAUAGAGAGAGAAGAGAAAAACCUAUUAUAAAAAAAAAAAACCCAAUAUAUAUGAGAGAAAGUUAUUAAGAGAUUAGUGUCGGUGAAUUUUUUGAAACUUCUCUUUUGCGGUUUCGUGUUCCUCUCAUCUCUUCUUGGCCCACGUGUUCAUCAAUCUCCCUCUCCGCAUGUAAUCGCUUCGCCGUCAAUUUCACAUCUUCUUCUUCUUCUUCUUCUUCUUCUUCUUCUUCUUUUAUCUCUAAAAAUCUCUUCAGAUCGAAAAAAAGAUUGAUUCUUUGGUGGUUUCUUGAAUUCUCUGGCGAAAACCCAUAUGGAGACGGCGACGGAAGUAGCGACGGUUGUUUCUACUCCGGUUGUUACGGUUGCGGCGGCGGCGGCGACGACGACGAGGAAGAGAGAGAAGCCGUAUAAAGGGAUAAGGAUGAGGAAGUGGGGGAAGUGGGUGGCGGAGAUUAGAGAACCUAAUAAACGGUCAAGAAUCUGGCUUGGCUCUUACUCUACUCCUGAGGCGGCGGCGCGUGCUUACGACACGGCGGUGUUUUAUCUCCGUGGUCCUUCCGCUCGGCUUAACUUCCCGGAGCUUUUAACAGGAGUUACGGUUUCAGGCGGCGGAGCAAACGGUGGCGGGGAUAUGUCGGCGGCGUAUAUAAGGAGAAAGGCGGCGGAGGUGGGAGCGCAAGUAGAUGCGUUAGAAGCGGCGGGAGGAAACCGUCAUCAUCAUCAUCAUCAUCAUCAUCAUCAUAAUCAACAUCAGCGUGGUAAUCAUGAUUAUGGAGAUAAUCAUAGUGAUUAUCGUAUUAAUGAUGAUCAUAUGGAGUGUACUAGUAAGGAAGAGUUUAAGAGGUGUAACAACGGGUCAUGGGAACGGGUUGACUUGAACAAAUUACCUGACCCGGAGACUUCUGAGGACGAUUAGGAAAACAAAUAAAUAUCGAUUUGUUUUCACUUGCCUACUUUGUUCUUCUUCCUUCACCAUCACCCCAAAGAUAAGAAAAACAAAAAAAAGUUGUAGAAGGAAGAUUAGAGAAUGUCUUUGUUUUUUUUUACGAUGUGUGAGGGGUUGCUAACAUGCACCACCUCUCUUUGAGUUUGUGAUUACUAAUUUACUAGUACUAGUAUAAUGAGAUAUUUUUCCAUAAUUAGUAUGUCAACCACUUGUUCUCAAACUUCAAGUUCUCGUACACAAAAUCAAAGUGUUCAAUG